CCCCAGACAGCUCCCCCCACGAUGUGCAACCUCUUUCUGGUGUUGCUGCUGGCGUGCGCAGCAUGGGCUGCGCCAGGAGGAUACGGCUAUGGACCCUCAAUGUCGGCAGGAUACGGUGCUCCACCCUCAAUGUCAGCAGGAUAUGGCUCUGGACCUUCAAGACCAGGAAUCAUAACUCACUUGCAACCAGUUGUCCUUCGAGAGGACCUUGACUUAUCCGGGGAAAAUAAAGUUGAAGUUAAGCUAAAUGCAGACGACGAGGUGAAGACCCUUGCCCAAGUUGAAGUUAAGUCUGAGGUUGACGACGCCGUCGAUAGUGGUGCACAAGUCGAAACCAAGCAAGAGGUUGAAGAUGCAGUGGUCGUUCAUGCCAAAGCCGGAGGCCAGCUUGAGGCUGAACAAGCAGAAGGCUCUCUUGCCGAAGUCGGAGGCGAGCUUGAGACUGGAAACACAGGAGACGAACAUGUCAAAGUUGAAGGCAAAUUUGAGGGUGGUGAUGCAGGCGAAGCUCGUGCUAAAGUUGAGGAGGUAUCGGGUCCUGAAAUCAGUGUCAAGGAAUCAGGAGAUGGCGGAAAAAAAGGUACUUCUGUGGCCGUGAAAUUAUCGAAUGAUGAUAGUGCUAUUGGUGAAGCUGAAAUUGCCUCAAAGGACUGUGGUUCUGGGGAAGUUCGUCGAUUAGAUGGGAAGUGUGUCGUACCAAAUAUUAACCGGCUCACAUACCUGUACCAAGCACCAAGCUUUGCCUACAAAAAACCGGCGCCAGCUAAAAUUCCAAAUCCAGAAGUCGACCUCAGCAUGGUUUUCGUCAGAGUACCAAGUGCGAUUAUUGACCGUGAUCCUUUGGUCAUACCACCUCCUCAGCAGAAAACGGCAGUCUACUUGUUGCGGCAACACCACGCGGUCACAUCUCCCAAGAUAGUAGAAUUGCCGUUCAAGAAUCAAGAUCCAGAAGUAUACUUUGUCAAUUACAACGAGGGUGACAAUCUUGAUCUUCCAGGAGGAAUAGAUUUGAGCACCGCACUUAAAAGCUCGUUGCUUCAGGGGACAGUGAUUGGGGACGGCAUCGGAGGAGGAGCUACCGUCAGGACCGCGGUUGUGGAAUCUAAUGUAGCCAGUGGUGGAGGGAUCGUUGCUGACGUUGGGGAAGAUGAUGGCGCUACACUUUCUUUAGCUAAUGGCGGUGGUGAUGGCGUAGGACACGGUGGAGGUGGUGACGGUGGCGGAGAUGGGGGAAAUGGCGAUGUUGGAGGUGGAGACGAAGCUCAACCAGAAGUUUCCGAAGUAAGAAUUUUGGAGGGAGGUGCUGUUGCUGGUGCCCCUGCAGAAGCCGCUGAAGGUGAGAACAAAAUUUUGAGCGAAAGCAAACCGAGUGAGUCUCGUGUUAGCGAUGCUAAGACUGAAAUUGAAACUAAAGUAGCUAGUGAUGAUGCAAAAGUUGUGGAACAGGAAUCUGUUGGCGGAGACAGCGAUGUAGGUGGUUCGUUCGACGCUAGUGGUUUAAAUAUACAAUUAGGAGAAAGGCUGAGUUUAGAUGAGUUUGUGGAAGGUCUUGGCAUUGGUGACGGGACAAAGUUAGGUUCAUCCUCAUUUCAGCGCGGCGUGCCAAUAAUUCACAAAUCUCUUCCUCUCUCGAACAAAGUCGCUGCCAUUCGCAUCGCGAGUGCUGCGUCUGAAGGAGAUGGGGCUGAUGCAGAGGGAGCAGUAAUCAAGGAAGUUGAAGCAGAGGGAAAAGCAGCUGAAGCCGUUGGUGAGGUUGAAUUGAGAUCUGGAGAUGGCGGUGAUGGUGGAGAUUUGAAAAGCGGAGACGGGGGUAAAAGUGGUGAUGAAGGAGUGAACGGUGCUGAGGGAGGUGCUGGUGGUGGUGAACCAGGAGAUGUUGAAGCCAAAAUAAGUGAUGGAGGAAAAGAUAGUAAGAAGGAUGGUGGGAAUGGUGGAAAAGAUGAAGGCGUUAAAGGUAAUGAAGGAGGUGAGGGUGAAGAAGAAGGUGGAGAAGCUGAAGGAGAAGGUGGAGAAGGCGAAGGAGAGGGUGGAGAAGAAGGCGAAGAAGAGGGUGAAGAAAAGGGUGGGGAAGGCAAAAAAGAGAAAAAUGGAAAGAAAAAAGAAGGUGAUGGUGAAGCGGAAGGAGAAUCUGGCAAGGGUAAAUCGUUGCUCAGUGGUCCACGCAUGUCAAAUGAAAUCAUCAAGGGGACACCACUGAUCUUGGAUCAGAAAACCCGAAGUGAGAAGCCUGUCUUAGAUUUGGCUGCAGCUAGCAGCCCUACAGGGAAAAGAGGAACGGCUGAAAUUGUUAGAGUGCAGCCGGUUGGUUUCGGCCAAUCAUCAAAUGUUCAGGGUCAGAUAUUUCCAUCAACAAUAACCCGGUUAGGUGGGGGCACGUCCCUGGCGGGUCUCAUUUCGGGUUUGGGAGGUGGCUCGUCGCAGUCGAAUUUUGGAGGUGGUUCUUCGUUUAGAUUUCUUCAGCAAUCCGCAUUAGGAGGCCGAGAAUUUUCCCGUGGUAACGUUCGAGUUUCAUCACUUCAGCCAAACUCACAAAGUCUUUUCGGUCUUGCACCGUCCGUGCUGGGGCCAUUCACAGGAGCGACCAGGCCACAGUUCGGCGCUCAAUUGGGAAAGAGUGUAGGGAAAUCAUCACAAGGAUUUUUGGGGAGCCGGAUCAAUGUUGGAAACAUUGGAAAAAGCCUAUCACCUGCAAGUUCUUUUCAAUUAGCAUUUAACCCGAACGUUGCACAAGCAUCUCGCGCUUUUGGACAGAAUGCUGGCAGGAGUCUAGAUGCUUCAAAUAUUUUACUAGGAGAGUCUCGUCAACCAUCUCCAGCUCAAUUCCAAUCUACAGAGCAAAACGACUUGGAAGGUCGAGCUAAACCAGCCAAAUUUUUGGGAAGCGCCACACUUGUUCAAAAACCUGAGGUUUCCUUAUCCGCGCAAAGCUUGCCUGAACCUGAAUUCAGGCAAACAAUUCCCGGACCGGUCUCAUCGGCACAAACAAUUCAAGUUUCUCCGAAGUCGCAGUCAAACUCACUCGCUAGAGCUAGCCAGAGACAACCAUCAAGUGCUCUUUCCUCGAGGAGUCAGAGAGUCCUCAUCAACUCUGGGCCGAGACAAACAACUGGGGCUCUUUCCUCGAGUCAAAGAUUUGCCUCCAGUUCUGGUAAGAGUUCAAGUGCUAUUUCUUUGAAUCAAAAAGUUUCUUCCAAUUCUGGGAAAAGUCUUUCAUCAUCCCGUUCAAGCUUUCAAAAAGCCCAUGGAAGAAAAUCUGAAACGGUAGACAGUACAAGAUCUAUUGGAAAAUCUCUCUCAAGCGAUUCUCCGAGAUUUACUGUGGUUCCCGUACGCAAAUCAAAGAGUAAGAAGGCACAAUUUAGAGCAAGAUCCUAAAUAAAGAAAUAUUAUCUCCCUUGAUAGUUUACUCGUUUUAGAAAUUUAGAUUCAUAAAUAAAUGUGUUUGUUGUUCUUCAGCGUACAUAGCAACUUAUGGAAAUUCUUUUACCUUACAUCGCUAUAGGUAAAUAUGUUGAUUUUAACCUAACAAAAUAACUAUUGUUCUAGUUAGAACAAGAUGAAAACGAAAAAUUCAAACAAAAAAUUUUACAUUUCAUAGAAAGGUAUUCCUGUUACUUGAACUGAUACUAGUCGAAACAUUUUUUCUGUAACAGAACGCCUGUCCCACGUGCAUGGAAAUAGUUCAAUCCUGUUUGUUAACUGUGCCAACUUACCUAGGAGUUUUCUAAAUAAAUAUAAGUUACACGUC